AGGUGCUUCGAUUGGUUGUGGAGGAGGACACCGGCUUCAUUGCUCCAGGCUAGCCUCAAAGAGUACUUUGAGAAGGGCUAUAAGCAAGGCCUUGUUUUCGAUCACAAAGACUACCGGCAUGAUGCCAAAGACUGGUGCUGGGUCCACACCCGACUGGGUGUGAAGGUUUGGCAGGAUGUCCUUGACCUCACUCAAGCCAGUGAUGCCAGUGAUGUGCAGUGCUUUUUUCACUACACCACUGAGCUUGGCUUUAGAAACAUCACAGAUCCAGCAAAGUCAGUGGUGGAAGUCUUCGCUUCUUUGAUAACGACUGGUGAGAAGGCCAACGCCUGGUGGGGUAAAGGAGUUUACUCCGUGCAGAAAUCCCCAGACGAGUGGCCCAACAUCGAAGCACUCAUCGACAACAACUACCGCAAUAUGCUCAAGAGGGACAUCGAGUUGAAAGGUUGUGAGGCAGCUGUGGAGGAUUACAGCUCGCGGGUUGCCUUCUGUAUACCUAUAUUGGUCGACGCAUCCAUUGCCUAUGAUGUGUCCAAGAAACAAACACCUGAAAUGGUUGAGCAGGGGAAGCCCGUUGGUGUGAACUUAGCUGGAAAGCUGCUCAACGAAGAUGGUAUGCCACCGCGACAAUGCAUCGUCAUCCGAGCAGAGAGGGAGGAGGAAAUUGGAAACGCCAGCGCAGUUCUGGUGGAAUCGCUCCGCUGCCGCGCCGAGGCGCUGGCGGAGCGCCUGGGCUUGGAGCAUUCCGACACGCUGAAGGCCUCGAGCCGGCUGGCCACGGUGCUGGCGCGGCGCGGCGACUACGCCGAGGCGGAGCCGCUGCAGCGGCGAGUGCUGGCGAGCUACGAAGCGCGGCACGGCGACGAGGAUCUGGAGAUCCUCAUGGAGGUGUACCAUCUUGCAGAGAUGUUGCUGGACGCAGGGAAGCUGGCAGAGGCCGAGACCUUGUCUAGAAGACUUUUGAAGGGACGUGAGAGAAAGCUGGGUGUGCUGCAUGUGUUGACUUUGGAGUCGGUCAACAUUCUUGGGUUAGUCUUGAUGUGGGAGGGGAAGCUAAGAGAGGCUGAACCGCUUUUCAAGAGAGCGUUAGAAGGACGUGCGGCGCAGCUCGGGGCCAAUCAUGCUGACACAUUGACGUCAGUGAACAACCUUGGGUUGCUGCUACAGAACCAGGGGAAGCUCGAAGAGGCUGAGCCGCUUUAUCGAAGAGAUUUGGCAGGAUGCGAGACGCAGCUGGGGGUAAUGCAUCCGGACACAUUGACAUCGGUUAACAACCUUGCGUUGUUGCUAGAGAAGCAGGGCAAGCUGGUAGAGGCUGAGCCGCUUUGCAGGAGAGCGUUAGAAGGACGUGAGACGCAGCUGGGAGUCAAUCAUCCGGCCACCCUGCAAUCUGUCAACAACCUUGCAGUGUUACUAGAGAAGCAGGGGAGACUUGAGGAGGCCGAAGCUUUUUACAGGAGAGCUUUAGCAGAAAGUGAGGCACAGCUCGGGGUAAUGCACCCUGAAACAAUGAUCUUUGUGAACAACCUUGCAGGGUUGCUACAGAAUCAGGGAAAGCUCGAGGAGGCUGAACCACUGUAUAGGAGAGCUUUAGAGGGACGUGAAAGUCAACUUGGAGCCCAUCAUCCUGAUACCCUGCAAUCUGUCAAUAACCUCGGGUUGUUGCUGAAGACUCAGGCGAAGCUGGAGGAUGCCGAACCGCUUUGCAGGAGAGCUUUAGGAGGUUUUGAGGCGCAGCUCGGAGCUAAUCAUCCAAGCACUUUGACUGCCGUUCACAACCUUGCGUUGUUGCUCCGGAAGCAGGGCAAGCUGGAAGAGGCCGAGCCGCUUUGCAGGAGAGCUUUGGAAGGCCGCGACACGCAGCUUGGAGCCCAUCAUCUGGCCACCCUGGACUCCGUCUUCAAUCUCGCGAAGCUUUUAGACGCCAAGGGCGGCCCCCUCGCCGAGGCGGAAGAGCUCUAUCUCAGAGAGUUGAAGGGCAUGGAGGAGCUCCAUGGCCCUGAUCACAAGGAGACGCGUACCAGCCGCAGAAAUCUGGAGCGCUUCCGACGAAAACACGCCACCGGCUGAGGUGCGGAAACCGGUUGCGGGGGAGAUGCCUACUGGUGCCUGCAUGAAUGACUGAGAUGUUGAAAGUAGGCCCAACAUAGGCUGAUGCUGCCAGAAGGAGGUGUACUGUCCAGUUGCAUUAAGCAUCCUGCCUGCCGCUGUAAAAUAUUGUGAGGCAGUGAGAAGUGAUUACUGUAGUUUAACGAUGCAUGGUCCAGGCUGUAUCUGGUUUGAUGCAGGGCUCCCUUCCGCUCCCCUAGAGUCAAAAGCACGUUUUUUAAAUGGCAAACACUUAGUGGUUUUGGGCAUGUUUUUUGUUUUCCUCUUUAUCCAGUCGAAUUCACUUUUCGCAUUUUUUUCGCAGUUACCCAACAAACAAAAUCCAGAAAAAGGUGUUGAAGUCCUGUCAAAAGGAACCAAUCUUUUCUUUGAACUCCAGCUGGAAGCUAAAACGAUUCCAGUUCGGCGCCACGUAAGUGAGGGCUCCUCGUUUGGGUGCUAAAACCCCGUACGCCCCUCAGGACACUUGGCAUUCUAGAUUCUACAUGUUCAUUGUUGCUUCUUUUCUACUCCAGGAUGGCUUCCUAUGCUUUCGACAUUCUUCAAUC